UAACGGGGCCUGGCAUGCCAUCCCCGGCACCGGCCACUCAAAAUCCCCAGACUUUCCAGACCCAAAAUCCCACCUCCCUCCUCCGAUCCCCCUCUUCUUCCACUCGUUCCGUUUCUUGCGACCGAGGGGAUCGUCGAUCGAUCGAUGGCAACAAUGGGCGUGGGCGGAGCGGUGAAGAUGAUGAUCGGGGCGAAGGAGGAGCGGGUGGUGGGCACGGGCAAGGCGCCCGGCGCGUGCCCGUCCUGCGGCGGCCCGGUGGUGGCGACCGACGUGGAGAGCGAGCGGCGCAUCCUGUGUCUCCCGCUGUGCCUCAAGAACAAGCGCAAGUACUCUUGCACCAGGUGCUUCCGCCGCCUCGUCACCGUCUACAGCUAGCUCGGGCUUCUUCUAUUACCGAUCCAUCCAUGGUGACGUACGGAGGGAAUCAGAUAAUCCGCUCGAGUUCUUUGGUUCUUCUCGGCCCUAGAGUAGCUUGCUAGCCUGGCUAAUGUAAUGUAAUGGUGAUUCUGUGUUGAUUCCUCUAGUUUCCUAGUAGCUAAUUUGGUGAAGCGCUGGAAAACUGGCACUCUGCUGUAUCUUGCAGUAAGCUCUCUGUCAAUGGUUCCGCUUUAAUGCACCGGCCUGUAUUGGAAAUCUCUA